AUGGGUUUGUUUCAUGCUGUUGAGGAUCGACCGACACCAAAGGAGGUAUACAACUGGCGACUAUAUAAUGAAGCCAUUAUCAUUGCAACUGGAUCGAUCUUAUUUGGCUACGAUUCCGCCUUUAUCGGAACGACGAUUGCUCGGAAAAGCUUCGUAGAGUCAUUCGGCGUUCGUAAGGAGCAGGCCGCCGACAUCUCGAGCAACAUUACGUCGGCUUUUCAAGCUGGAGCCUUUUUCGGCGCGAUUCUUUGCUUCUUUGUCACUGAGAAGGUCGGCAGGAAACGGGCACUACAGUACAGUGUGGUCCUCUUCCUCAUUGGAGCAGCUCUCAUGGUAGCGGCGACAACGCAGCUGUCAUACAUAUAUUCUGGCCGCGCUCUCACUGGCGUAGCUUGUGGUGCCAUUACUGCCACCGUCCCAAGCUACAUCGCGGAGCUAUCCAUCGUGUCCAUCAGAGGGAUUCUUACCGGACUGUUUGAAGUUGCUUAUCAGAUUGGCACCCUUGUCGGAUUUUGGAUCAACUAUGGCAUCAAUCAGCACAUGAAUCCUAACUCUUCGACCAGCUGGAGGUUGCCCAUGGCAGUUCAGUUCAUUCCCGCCGGCAUCCUCUUUGUCGGGGGAUUCUUUCUCCACGAAAGCCCCCUGUGGCUGAUGCGGAAUGACCGGGAAGAAGAAGCAACGCGGGUCUUAGAGCAUUUGAGGAGACUGCCUCGGGAUCACCCAUAUGUUGGGGAAGACCUAGACAUGAUGCGCGUCAGACUAUCGGAAGAAGCAGAUCUCGCACGGAAGUACGGUCAAGGUUCGAUGGCCUUUGCAAAGGGAGCAUUGUUCGAACUAUCCCGCCGAGCCAUCAAUUACUACUCGCCGACACUGUUUGCAUCUCUGGGCAUCAGCGAUGUCUCCCUCUAUACGGGUGUGUACGGCUUAGUCAAGGUUGGACAUCCUGCCGAUGUCAUCAAAGCUGGCAAGCCUUUGUCACCCUCUACCGCGGCAGGCGGCCAGGCCGCAACGGCCAUGAUCAUGGUAUACUCAACCUUGUUGGCUCAAUUUGCAAUUACGAAAGCCCUACCGUACCUCUUCAACGCGCUUGGCUAUGGCACUUGGUUCUUUUUCGCUUCCUCGAUGAUUGUGGCGUCAAUCUGGGCGUUUAUUUUCCUACCAGAGACCAAAGGACGCACCUUGAAUGAUAUGGACAUAAUCUUGUAA